CAAAUGCUCACCGUCAUUUUACUCGCUGCUGGCUGCCUGCUCUGCUCGCAUUUGGGUGGUAUUUUUAACAAGCCUCGCGCGCAGCACCAGCGUCCGAGUUGUGGGUAGAAGAAAGAGAGGUAAAGUCGGGCCGGACGCGGGCGCGGUGGCAUAAACGGAACGAAAGAACGAAGCGUAAGCGACAAGUGAACCCGCACGAAAGCGCGAAAGAGAGACGAUCGCAACGAUCCCACCAUCGUCGUGUCGCUCUUGCUCAAGAAAGGGCAGAAGAAAGCGAACGGUGAAAAUAGAGGAAAGAUAGAGGAACCGGAGCGGCCGGUUAGUGUGGUGUUGGUGCCGGUGUUCUUUCCGUGUGCAUGUGGGUUGUCUGCAGACCAAGAAAGUGCACAAAAAGGAAGGCAAAGUGCUGUUUCAGUGAUUUUGCUUCCAUCAUCUCCCAUCCGAGCUGCGAUUGUGGUGGCAUUGAAUCCAUCAUCACCGGGGAUGUAUAUUUUGCUUUCGAUCUGAAAUCACAUAAUAAAGUUGAAGGAAGCCACUGGUUGCCGCCGUACGAGUAGUGCGUUAGUGAUUAAUUAUUGUGCGAGUGAUUUAUUUGUGUUGAAAGAGUAGAGCGCAAGUGCGACACCGUUUUGACGGAUGAUCGGAAGUGUGGAGAAGAGUUCGCAGAACAUAGCAUGAUCGUCUUCCGAAGGUGUACACACAAAUACAGUUGAGCUUUUCCGUCAAACCGACACGCCGCACGCAUACGUCGGCGGACUCAAGUUAAGUCAAGUCAACGUGUUUAGAAAUAUUAUCCACUAUCGAGAAACAGCGACAUCGUAGGACGACAAGAGAAAUAAGAGCCGCCGUUGGCGAUCGGUACGAGGAUCGCAGAGAAACAAAAAUAACAACUCUAGCUCCAGACGGUCGGUUUGGAAGCAAAACAGAAGAGAAACGAAACUUGAAAACAUUUUCUUCGUCCGCGUUUGUUCCGAUCAUGAGAAACGUCGAUCGUUCGGCGGAAGAAUAAUAACCAUAGUUUCGAACGCAUACAACGGAGCAGCAACAGCAACAGCAACAACAACAACGACAGCAGUAAAGAAAUGACGAAUCACCGAGUUUCAAGCUGAUAUUCCAAGAUGAUUCCAUCGUCAUAAAUGACACUACUAGUUCUUAUCCAUCAGUGACGGCUGGAUGCUAUCAACGAUUUGCUGCCUUAGACAGAUUAUGCUUCAAGAUGAUCGCAAACGCCCCCAGCAUCGAUCGUCGUCUACGUGAUUUGGCCUCAGUCGAAGGCGUGAUGUCGCACCACCAAGUGGAACUUGCCAGCUGCUGGCAGCCGGCAGCCGGGGCAAGUAAACCGAACCGGAGAUCCAACUGCCAACGACAACAAAGUCGAAUAGCAAGCCACUGUCCGGCUGGCUAUUGUUCCUUGCUCAUAACGCUAGUGUUAAGUUGGCCUCUGCUGGUGCAUGCAAUGCCACAUUCUUCACAUCAUUCUUCGCCGCUGUCCGCUGGCGCGUCCUUAUCGACGGCGGCAGCGUCUGCAUCCGUGAGCGGUGGUUCCUCCUCCUCCUCCUCAUCCUCCGCAGCUGGCACUACAAAAAGCCUAGGAGUGUACAUGAUACGAUCGCCGGAAUCCACGGUUGCACCGGCCGGUGACGAAGUUCUUUUCGAAUGCGAACUGAACCUGAUUCCCGAACGGCUGGAGUGGCGGUUUCGCAACCAAUACAGUCAGGGUAGCCGAGAGGACUACACUUAUCUAGAUAAGAAUAAUCACAACGUGACAACGGUCGAGGGAAACUCGAAAUUGCACGUCUACGUCAAUGUGAAGACAAUCGGCGAGUACCAGUGCGUAGCGUGGUUCGGAGCAUCGGCAAUUGCUUCACUGCCCGCCCGGCUAACGCUGGCAUCGAUUAGUCUGGAUUCCAAUAGUAUUACUAGCGGUAGUGCUAGCUAUCCGACCAGCUACGGACCGUUGCGCGGUAGCACUAGUAUUAGCGACGUCCACAGCGGUCGAACCGAUCGUGUUCCGACCAUGAUGAGACGGGUAUUGUCGCCGAUCCAGCAGCAACAUUUGAAAAUCUCACCAGGAAAUAGUAUUAUCAUCAAGUGCGGGGACGUACUCUCGAAUCCUCCAGCAGUUUGGAGUUACUAUAAAGACGAGGUAGCGAUCUCCGCCAGUACGCCGCAACUGCCAAACGGAGGACUGAUCCUGUCGCAGCUCACGCCUCAAGACUCGGGAACCUACCGGUGUUCAGCCGUAAACUCUAUAACCGGCAACGAGAUCAAACUGCCCCAGAAAACCACAAUCCUGGUAGAAUACACCCCUCGAUCGUCCCCGAGGGCGAUCUACAAGCCACAGAACGUGUCCACCACGCCCGGUUCCACGGUGCUGCUCGAGUGUACCGGAGUGGCAAACCCAAUCCCUCAACCAUCCUGGAGCCGUCGAGAUGCUUUUCCCAUCAGUGAUCGCUCGCAGGUACUUCCCUACGGACUACAGAUCAGCAACGUUGUUCCAGAAGAUCAAGGAGAAUACCUGUGCCGGUUGGACAACGGUGUCGAACCAGCUCUGUUGCACACAAUCAAACUAACCGUUCUGGAAGCCCCAAAAAUCAUCGAACCACCACGGCCGACUUUAACGAACGAAAGCGAAAGUCUGGAGCUGGAAUGCGUCGCCCGCGGUUCGCCAACGCCGGAAAUCUACUGGAUGAUCAACGGUGAUCCCACCAAGUGGGAUCGACUGAUAAAGGCGAACGGCUCUAAGCUGUUCAUAAAAUCGGUGGAGAAAAAACACGCCGGAAUUGUGCAGUGCUUUGCCCGCAACGAGGUUGGCGAGGUUAGCGAGAGCAAUCUGCUGCAGGUGAACCCCAAACAGAUACCCGGCGGCGCCGGAGCACCCCCGCUCGGUUCGGUCCCGUCCGGGUCGAAGUUUGGCAACGAGCACGGUGGCAAACGGCAGAAGGGCGGAAAGAAACACAAACACCUGAUUAUGAUUCCUCCUUCUCGACCGAACAUCACACGACUGUCGGACGAAUCGGUUAUGGUGCGCUGGUCGGUUCCGUCCAGCGACGGGCUGCCGAUUCAGUUCUUCAAAGUCCAGUACCGUAUGCUGGGUGACCCAUCGAAAAACAUCGCCCGAACGCAGUGGAUGACGGAAAACGAAGACAUUCCGCCGUACACUCGAUCGUAUGAGGUGAACAAUCUAAAGUCCGACCACUUCUACCGCUUCCGGAUCGUGGCGGUGUACUCCAACAACGACAACAAGGAAGGUGCCGCAUCCGGAAAGUUCCAUCUGCAGCGUGGUUCCCAGCUGGGGCUCACCAAAAACCAUUUGCUAGCGCCAACGUUGACCCGAAUCGAACCCGUUUCGCAGCACGGUAUCGUUCUGCACUGGCAGUUCCCGCAGCAUCUGCCCCAUCCGAUCGACGGCUUCUACGCGUACUAUCGGCCCGCUACGACGGCGGGCGAGUACUCGAAAGCCACGGUGGAUACUCCGACCGCGCGGCACUUCAAAAUCGACCAUCUCGAACCGGGAACGGCCUACGAGUUCAAGCUGCAAUCGUUCACGGCGGCAGCGGCGUCCGAUUUCAGUGCGAUCCUAACCGGCAAAACACUGAAACCGCCAACCCCGCCACCCAUCGUCCCGUCCGUGGUUGCGGCUUCCGAGGCGGAUAACGGCACGGGAGAGGUGCCCAACUACAUCUACAUGGGAGUCGGUGGAUUCGUCGUGGUUCUUGGCGGAAUCAUUAUACUCUGUUGUUGCUGCGUGGCGUGUAAAAAGAAACGCAGUCCCGGUGGAGACGAAUCCGACGCCAAAUCCCACAUCCAGGUGGAACAAAAUGGCUUCCCGGGCUCGGUAAGCAACGGCGGUCCCCGUUCGCAUCAUCACAAAAGCCGAAACGGCAUCAGUGCCCGGAUGAACAUAACCCCAAACCCGCUGGCGCAGGAUGGCGAUAAGAAUCGUAAUGUGAUGGAGCUGCGCUUUCUGCCGACCAAGCCGCCACCCCAGCCGACGUCGACGCUUACCGGUGGUAGUGCUAGUGCUAGUGCUAGUGGUGGAGGUUCUUCCGGUGGUAGCAGCGGUGGCGGUACCCUGAAUCCAAUGAUGACCAAUGGGCCCAACUCUUAUCCUACUACUAAUAACAAUCAUCAUCCGCAUGCACCUCACCAGCAGCACCAUCAGCAGCAUCAGCCGCAGCAGCAGCAGCAACUGCAGAACCAUCAGACGGUGCUGAACGCGGUUGCCACGGGCCAGGAACACCUGAUGCUGGCGUCGAUGCCGCACCGUCGAACGCUGGAGCGAAGUGUCCGAAAUCUACCGCACGGCGGGCAGCACAACGGACUGGUCGACCAGAGCCAGAAGAUGAUGCUCGAAGGAGACUGCGGUGUGACGACGACGGUCGGUGCCGGCGUCGGUAUCGUACUCGGAACGUCCCGAAACAAUUCCUCGAUCCGGCGGGGUCGCCGCGGUUCCGGGUCCGUUCCCGGUAGCCCCCGGGUCGGCCGGGGCCCCAGUGCCGAACUGCUGCAGCACAACCGAUCGCCGAUGCCGAUCCGAGCGGCCGCCAGCGGGGUCAAACGAGCCGCCCGGCUGGGACGGGCCGAGAAUAUGUCCUCCGGCAGUCUGAACAGUAUUGAAGUGUAAAAUUCCGCAGUGGCGGUGGCGGUGCGACGACGAUAUGUGAUAGAUAUUUACGCAGCAGAAUUGGCUCUCCUGAAUUUAACAAAACAAAAAAACUAAAAAACAAAAGUAGAAAAAGAAGAAAAAGACAACCCCCAGCUUGUUCUGGAUCAUUGAAUCCCACAGAAUCGGAACAGAAAUAGCUAAUAGUAUCCCACUUAACCGCGGAGAGCUAAGUCUCUCGAAGCGAAACACUGUAGAUUCUAGUUCUAGUAAUCCGUCCUUUUUUUAGAAGUGCACAACAACAAUCGCAACCGUGGUGGCAAGAAGUGUAGCGUAAAUGUUUUAAACUUUUUACUGUGUAGGAGAGUUUUAUUUACUCUGAACUGUCCGAUAGCAAGAAAGUACGCUUAAAACUCGAUUAACGAAACACAACCAGAAACACAGGCAAAACUAAUUGUACUUAUUAAGGCAGAAUAUAGCAACUUAAUCGACGCUCGAAACUCUGUAAAUACGUAUUUACUUCGUUAUGGUUCUGAUUAUUAUUCACAACGGCAGAAGCAGAAAGUAGCAAUUGCAACAACAAGUUUAACAACCCAACUGAACUGCUUAACUAUUUCUAGGUUAAGUCCUCUUCUAAGUAUGAUUUUCGACUGAUACUAAACGUAAUUAACGAAAAAAAAACAAGGAAAUAAAAGAAAAACAAUAGAUGUGAGCAGUGAGUGAGAAUGAGUAGUUGCUGUGCGCGUGUUAAAUUAUUUACAAACUAGAGCUAUUAAUGAUUU